GUACAAUUAAAUUGGCCAAUAGAAUUAUUGAUGACAAACACACCUUUCUAAAAAAAAUAGAGGUCAAGGUCGAACAGAUAACGAGCAAGUUGAACAGAGAAGAGGAGCCGUGUUAUCAAAUCACUGCUAAAGGAAAACAGCGUUUACAGCCAGGAUGCCUUCAGCUAGAUCACAUGUCAACUUGGAUGAGCCAAAAUAUGACCAGAGUACGUUCAUGGGAAGAGCGAAACAUUUCCUCAUUACAACCAAUCCGCUGAAUGUACUAGCAACAAGCAAGCAGCUUGAUGAGGCGAAAGAUAUUGUUGAACGAUACAGAAAAGGUGAAGAUCUACCUCAUCUGACAGAUGAACAGAUAUGGGAUGCCAAGCAUCUGUAUGACUCUGCGUUCCAUCCGGACACGAAGGAAAAGAUGUUUAUACUUGGUCGUAUGUCUGCACAGGUUCCGUGUAAUAUGUCCAUUACUGGAUGUAUGAUGACUUUUUACAAGACUCCCAGAGAAGUUAUAUUUUGGCAAUGGUUUAACCAGACGUUUAAUGCAUUAGUGAAUUUCACAAACCGCAGUGGUGAACAUCCUGUAUCUCCAAUACAUUUAGGAAUAUCAUAUUCACUGGCGACGACAGGCGCUGUUGGAACAGCUCUUACCAUAAAUAAACUAGUCAAGAGAUUCCCACCAAUUAUUGGACGAUUUGUUCCAUUUACAGCUGUUGCAGCAGCUAACUGUAUAAAUAUACCAUGUAUGAGGAGUAGGGAGAUAAUGCACGGUAUUCCAAUAUUUGAUGAGAAUGGUAAUCGUGUAGGUGAUUCCACACAUGCGGCUAGGUCAGCUAUAGGUCAAGUUGUGUUUUCAAGAAUUAUGAUGGCCACUCCAGGAAUGAUGAUACCACCAAUCAUCAUGCAGAGCCUAGACAAAAAGCCAUUUAUGAUUGCAAGACCUUGGUUGAAUGCUCCUAUACAAGUUUUACUUGUAGGAUUUUUCUUGGUGUUUGCCACCCCACUGUGUUGUGCACUAUUUCCACAGAAGAGUUCCAUGGCAGUUAAACACUUAGAACUUGAUCUCCAAGAGAAAAUCAGCAAACUACCUCAUCCUGUAGAAAGGGUGUAUUUCAACAAAGGGUUGUAAAUCCAUAGAAAAACAUAACAAUACUAUCAACGCAACGAUCUUCCAGGAGUGACAGUGUGGUGAUAAUGAAAUUGUAAAUGUGCGAUAAAGACUUAUAUUUUUCACUGUCUGAGAUAUGCCAUUCCUUCAUCACUCUAUUUUAACAAUUCAGAAUUGAAAGUACACUUUUAUUAGAAAUCCAGAGAAUAUUUUUUUAUGACAAAAAUCCUCCUGUUUAGACAAACAAAUUGUUGAAUUGAGAUUGUAACAAUGUACUUAACUGGCAAAAAAUGCUGUUUUAUUUUUGCCAACUUAUUUGUUUUGUGAAGUUAAAGCUGCAUUCCCUCCAGAUGAGCCAAAAUAUUUCAAGAAAAUCAUACUUGAGAAAAAUGUACUAAGAUUUUAUGAAAGGUAAAAAGAUUCAAGAUUUAUGUAAUGAUUUAAAGACUGAUUUUGCAGUAUUCAUCGCCAUAUUUUUACUGCGUGACUAAUGCAGUAAGGUCUGUUUUUGCAUACAUAAUUGUAACUGUCAUUUGCGAUGUCUAAAUUGCUUUGUUCAUCUUACUAUAUUUUACUUUUAAAUACAUUUUCAAAAUGUCCAUGAAAAUUGGCAUGAAUAUGGUGGCAUGCUACUUUAAAUUAGUGUAAAUAUGACUAGAACUAUUAUUUGAGCCGCGCCAUGACAAAACCAACAUAGUGUGUUUUUGACCAGAAUGGAUCUAGACCAGCCUGCGCAGGCUGGUUGGAUCCAUGGUGGUCGAAAAACCCAUUAUGUUGGUUUUGUCAUGGCACGGCUCAUUUAACUUUUCAACUUACUAUUAAAAGUGAAGUUCUACAAGGCAGACCACUUUGAACCUAUCAAUACUAGACUCAAUUGUUAAAUAUAGACCAAAAAUCCACUACUAUCAAAUAUUGACAAUUUUUAACCCCUAAGCCCGCUGGUGGUGGCAAAUAAUUCUACCCAUAUGACCAGUGCAGACAGAGAUCAAAAGGCACAAUCCUGCCAUCUAAUCAUGGUUUGCACUGUUGGCUAGUCAAUAUUAGAAAAUUCCACUUAAAUUGAUGAAUGGUUGGAGAGUGAAAGAUGGACAAGUCUAUUUAAAAUAUUUAGAAUGGUAAUUGUUAAAAUGAUUGUUUUGUGUGGUUGUGCUAUCAGAUGCAUAUGUAUAUACAGAAAGUGACAAAGUUUCAUGAUAUACAAGCAAUUUAUGAAUUAAAAUUAAGUGAAUAACUUUAGAAGGAAUUAUGGUACGCAAUACUAGUAAUAGUACAAACAAUACUAGUUAUACAUGCAGUACAAUGUUAUUUACAGAAUGGAUUAUACCGUUUUGGUGUUUUUCCCUAGUCAUUUCCCGGCAGGCAUUACAUAUUGGGCCAAAAUUGGGACAAUAUGAUAUUUUGAAUAUUGCUGAAAAAGUAGUUUAGUAAAUUUUCCCACUACUGACUUAAAAAUGAUAUUAGUGUGUGAUUUGAUAGAUAAUCGCUGAUGGAGAGAAUAUUAGUGUGAUUUGAUAAUCACUUAUAGAGAUAAUAUAAGUGUGAUUUGAUAGAUAAUCGCUUACAGAGAGACCAAUAUUCCUUCAUUAGUCCGAUACAAGUCCAAUAUGUGACAUGUCCAAUAUGUGAAAGCUAGCUGGGUAAAACCUGAAAGGUUUACAUCUAAAUGUCUCUUGAUGCUGGCAGGAACAGCAUUCAUGCCGUGUGUGGUUAUUUUGUAUAUUUUGUGUUUUUUUUCUACAGCUGUUUAUAAUGUUUCAAGAAUAUUGCAUGAAAUUUUAAUAACAAAUUUUUAAGUGCUACUAGAGCAUGUGUUAGACCUCUAACCAUAAAAAAGUUGACUCAAAAUAUGCUGUGUCAUAUAUGUUUUUAACUUUUUUAGCUUGUCUGUUUCAAAGAAACAGUUGAAAAAAUUAUUAAUGCUGCGUUGUCAUUGUUGUUUUGCAAAAACUCUUAAUAUCCCAUAAUUCCAACUUUUUAAAAAGGUACAUAUAUAAGCACCAAAUUUGAAAUACUUGCUUAUCAUUACGAUGGCAUUGCAAUGUAAGACAAUGGGCAUUAUCGUAAAAGCAAUAUUUUGAGGAAUUAUGUCUCUUUUUGACUUACAAUUUUUGUUAAAAUUGGUUAUUGGUUGGGGUUGAUCAUAACAGACGAGUGUUGACACUGCAUGCAGUGCUCUUGUUUUUUGUCUUGACAAUGUUAGAUGGAAAUGAGUGAAGUGAUCUGUUAUAUUCAGAUAUCAAUUUUUUUCUAUAUACAUUUUAUUUAAAGGGACUCCACUGAGGUUUUUUGACAUGAUGGGACUGAAAAUAUUUUUACCAGAUAAAUGUACCAUUUGCUGUAGGUUUAGACCACUAAUCUUUGUGCAAAAUUUCAGAACAAUCGCGCAUUUCGUUUUUCCAGAAUAAUUAUUUAAAUUUAAAAAAAUGACCCAAACUGAAAAGCGUUAACGCUUUUCACUCAAAUCGGGCUAUGAAAAGUAUAAAAAUACGAUUUUCAAUUUAUAUCACAGUAUAUUUCUUAACUAUCUUUGCAUAUAUUUUUGUUUAAAGUGCCCCAGCUCAUUUAUGUAAGAAAUUCAAAUGUUAUGUUUUUAGGCUUUUAAACCUCAGUGGAGUCCCUUAUAUCCCUUGGCUUUCUUAUGAUUUUUUUUUGUUUUUGUUAAAAUUUUGUGUAAGAAAAAAGGUGUCAUUUUUGUACAAGGUCUGGUAAUAUUGGUUAAUAUACUUGUACAUGUAUAUAUAUAUUAAAAUUGUAUUGCUAUAGUUUUAAAGUAAGUCCUGGUUUAAAACCAGAGAUAUUUUAUUUUAUUUGGUGCUGCAUGUUAUCAGGCCAGUGAUCCUACCCUUAUACUGGAAUUAAGUUUACAUUAUAUGUAUGAUAAAUAUGUGCUGAACAUUUUCAUGUGGCCUGUCACAAAUUUUGAAGAGUGGUUAUUUUUGAUGUUUUCUUUUUAAGAUUAUUAUCUUUGCUAAUGCAGAUAUAACAUAUUCAGAAUUUUGAUCAACAGAAUUAUUUUGCUGAUAUUUCUUAAAUUUUGAUGUAUAUUUUUCACUUUUGCUUUGAAAAUUGCUUUAAAAGUCCCGGUGAAAAAAAAGUUAAGAAGCCAUUGAAUAAAACCUAUAAACACAUAUUUAUCAAAACAUGGUUUGGUCUUGAAAUAGAAUUAUUGCUGUGCUAAAAAUGACAUAAUUCUCUCAUUGUACUUGGAGAAAUGUUUUCUUUGUACAAAGUGAUAAUUAAAAAAUAUAUUAGAAUCAGAAAAUGUACAUGUAUACAAAAUCACUUAACAAUGACAUUUGAGGCGCGCCAUGACUAAACCAACAUAAAGUGUUUGCAACCAGCAUUGAUCAAGACCAGCCUGCGCAUCCGUGCAGUCUGAUCAGGAUCCAUGCUGUUUGUUAUCAGUUCCUCUACUUGUAAUAGGGUCAUGGAUCCUGAUCAGACUGCACAAAUCUGGAUCCAUGCUGGUCGCAAACACAUUUGGUUUUGUCAUGGUGCUUGGUUUUGUCAUGGCGUGGCUCAAAUUUUGUAAAGACAAUCGCACACUUGUGUCAUACAUCAAUAUACUAGUUUUGGUGUGAUAUUUGACUUGUCACUCUAAUUAAUUCUUAUUUGCAAGUUGUUAAAGAGUUAUUUUCAUUUUCUUUUAUAAAAUGUUGUGUUGAUGAAGGAAAAAAAACACAAAAAAACCCACUUAAAUACGUUUUGGUUAGAUUUUAACUGGCGUCAACUUUGCAUAUGGCAACUUCACAGCUUUACUGGUUUUCCAUUCCCCACACCCUGGAUUUCACUGAUUACCCUUUUUUCCCAAUAUGAGGGGACAUGUAGAUUAAAUAACCAACCUUCUGUUAGGUAUUUGUGUAAUUUUUCUCGUUAGGUAUUUGUGUAAUUUUUCUCGUUAGGUAUUUGUGUAAUUUUUCUCGUAUAAAAGAAUUUAUUGACCCUUGUGAGAUCCGAUCCGUUAGUGAUGAGCAACACCUUUUUGGGAUACUUUUGUAAAAUGAAGAAUUCAGCAUUUAUUCAAAACAAAUGUAAGCAUUCCAUUUUGUGUGAUCCAGAGAUAGUAAAUCAUAUCAUGUAACGCAUAUGUUAAUAAAUUAACCAUAUUUUUGUUCAUUGGAAAGUUGUAAGAUUUUUACAUUUUAGUAUUUCAUAACUAAAGAAAUUUUGUUAAUAUAACAUCAAAAUAGCUUCAAUAAAUUUUUAAUUCAUAAUAUUGUUCAAACUUGAUUAUUCAGAUGUCCAUUAAGUGUUUAGUUAAGCUUUUCUAAAGAGAUUGCAUAAAAAGAAAGAAUAAGAUUUGUGUUAUUUGAAUAAACUCGGCAGAUACGGUGUUUUCAAAUCUUAUCCAUGGUACAAACAAACUUUUAUCAAUACAGAUUCACAGGGCCGUAAACUACUGAUCUGUUGAUCCAUUGAUCAUCGUGUUGCUUUUAUUUUUCUUACAUUUACCUUUGAUAGCGCAAUUCAAUCAAGUUGUAAAAGUUUGUUUGUACCGUGCAAGAUCUGGAAACAUCCGAAAAUAUUCGUAAUUCCGAAGCAAUCUAUUGUUCAAUGUAGUGAUGCAUUGACAAAGAUACUGUAUAUGUAUGGAUAUCAUUUCAUAUGAUUUAUAGCACAGUUAUAUAAAUAAUGCAUCAAGA